UGCAUUUGGAAAAAAAAUGAUUACCAAAUUUUACUCAGAUAAAAUAAAUAGCUGGAAUGGCAGGGAAGGCCAAGGAGGCGGAGACGAGACCUCUGAGGCAGAUCGCUGAAGCAUUUAAGGAGUUGCAAUCUGCCAUUACUUCAGGGAAUGCUGAGAAUAAUGAUGGCGAUGUUCAGUUGGCUGCAUUCUCCCAUGCUUGUUCUUUGGUCUCUAUUCUCUUUCGCUGCCUUGGAAUCGCCUUCAAAUUUGCUGAAAUGGACUAUGUUGCUAAGGUUGAAAAUUUGAAGGAAGCAUCCAAUUCCAUAGACACUCUACAGUCAUUGUUAGAUCUUGAUGUCAAGUCAAAUACUGUAAGAGUGGGAGGGAGCAAUUCACGUAACUUGCUGAGAGUGAAGAGAGGUCUGGACAUGGUCAAAGUGUUGUUUGAGCAAAUUCUAGCUACAGAUGGUAACUCUCUGAGAGAUCCAGCUUCAAUAGCAUAUGCACAAGUUUUGUCUCAACACCACGGGUGGGCUAUCAGGAAGGCUGUUGGUGCUGGACUGUAUGUCCUUCCAACAAAAGCACAGCUUUUAAUAAAACUCAAUGAAGAUGAGGUUUCUGCUAGAACAGAAAUGCAAAGUUAUGUAGAUUCCUCAGCCUCUGUUAUACAAUAUGUGAACAAUCUCUUCCUCUCAAGGAAUUUAGGAAUAGACUGGUGAAUUCUUUCUACAUUGCAUUUUGAGGAGGUCUCUCUACAUUCCAUUUCAAGGAAGUUUUUGUACUACUAUGUUUAUGCCUUGUGUGUUUGUGUGCAAAUUGUACAACAGUGGAAGUUGAUUCUUUCUAAUAUAUUUUUGGUGAAAAUACAGUAUUUUGUUUGUAAUCCAUUUCGAUCCAAACUGCUUCAUACAUUCUAGCAUUUCAUAACACAAGGGAACGUGAUGAAUAGUCUGCACAUUUUUUGCUUCUGAAUUGUCGAAGCAAGUUCAACAAACCGGAAUUAUAAUAUUGAAUAAGUUUCUGAUUAUGAAAA